AUGGCACGGUCAGAGCUGGUCAUGGCGUUGCUGGUGGUGGUCCUCGCCGCCGACUGCUGCGCGUCGGCGGGCGCCGUGGCGUACCUCUCCAAGCUGCCUGUGACCCUCGACGUCACCGCAUCCCCCAGUCCCGGCCAAGUUCUUCAUGCCAGCAAGGACGUGAUCACGGUGACGUGGGCCCUGAACGCGACUCGGUCAGCCGGCGUGGACGCCGACUACAGAAACGUGGAGGUCAGACUCUGCUACGCGCCGGUGGGCCAGAACGAGCGUGAGUGGCGCAAGACCUCCGACAACCUCGAGAAGGACAAGACGUGCCUGUUCAAGGUUACCCAGCAGCCCUAUCCCAGCGUCGGUAAGGUUGAGUACCGCAUCGCCGCCCACAUCCCCACCGCCACCUACUCGGUGCGCGCCUACGCGCUCGACGCCUCCGGCACGCAGGUCGCCUUCGGCCAGACACUGCGCACCGCUACCUUCAACAUCGUCGGUAUCACAGGCAUCAACACCUCCAUCAAGGUCGCCGCCGGCGUUUUCUCCACCUUCUCUGUCGCCUCCCUCGCCUUCUUCUUCUUCAUUCUCUAA